AUGUAUAUACGCACUCGUACCCGUAAAGAUGGAAGUGUUGUGAAUGAAAAAACAGCUUCUGUUGUGGAACUUAUGAAGAAAGGAUUAUGUGAAAGUAAUUCACAAGAUCCUAAAAGGUGUUCAUGGGAAAAUGAUGUGUAUUCACAAGUUAAAGGACCAGAGAAAAGAGGGCGUAUUCGUUGUAUGGGAACAAUUUCUACUUCAUCAAGCAAGUCUGGUCCUUCAUGUUCUCAAAUCAUAUAUCGUAAUGAAGUACAAGAUUUGAAGGCUGAGGUUCAAGGAUUGAAGGAAGCUUUAACUACUGUGAUUUCAUUAUUUCAAAAACAAUUUCCUAAUGAGAACAUGGAGGUCCUAAAUGCUGUGACUCGCAUAGUCAAUGGAGAGGUAUGUGAUACUAUGUAUAUUUAG